UUGACAGUAUCGUUGACGCCAUUUUGUGGUUGGUUAAUUCGUGAUUUUUAAGUGUGAUAAAUUCGCGAUUAGUGUUAGUGUUUAGUCGUAGAUGCUAAUAUCGCCUGUGAUUUAUCAAUAACUUUGUCCAAAUUGUAAAAAAAUGGGUCGCAAGAAGAAGAAGAUGUCGAAACCUUGGUGCUGGUAUUGCAACCGUGAAUUCGAAGACGAGAAGAUUCUCAUCCAACACCAAAAAGCCAAACAUUUCAAAUGUCACAUAUGUCAUAAAAAGCUGUAUACGGGUCCCGGUUUGUCGAUACAUUGCAUGCAAGUGCAUAAAGAAACAAUCGACAAAGUCCCGAACUCGUUACCCAACCGCACGAAUAUAGAAAUCGAAAUUUACGGAAUGGAAGGUAUCCCUGCUGCUGAUCUACGCGAGCACGAAAGACAGCGUCUGGGGAGUGUCUCAGGAACGGUCUCAGGGUCUGACGACGAGGACGAACCCGCGUCAAAAAGGGCCAAACCCGAAGGCCUCCUCGGCAACGCUCCAGGAGUCAUGCCGGGAAUGCCAGGCAUGAUGUCGGGCAUGAUCCCCCCGCCUGGAAUGCCGCCGGGCUUGCCCAUGAUGGCCAUGGGGCCCAUGGGACCCCAAUUCAUGCACCCAGGUGGGUUUAGCAUGCACAUGAUGCCCCCCCACAUGGCAAUGAUGCAGACGCAAGGGGGCCCAGCAAAGCCGCUCUUCCCCAGCGCAAUUCCGACCUCUUCUCCGGGGGCUUCCAUCGUCGGGGCUGAUUUCAAGCCGAUUUCGUCGGCGACCAUCAGUGCGCCCCCCACAACCAACACACCGAGUAGCAGUGACGGCAAUAAAGUCAACACAAUUGCUACAACGGGGGCCACGAGUAAAAUAAUCCAUCCAGCUGAAGACGUUUCAUUAGAGGAAAUUAGGUGUAGGCAACCGAAAUACGCGAAAAGUAUCCCCCAGAAAAGCGAUGAGUCGGCUUCGAGUUCCAAUACGGCGGCUUCAGAUUUGGCAAACGCCGUGUCUGCCGCUCAACAAGCCGCCGCCCAGGCCAAGCAAGCCGAAGCGAUAAACCAGGCGGCUAUGAUGCAGAGGUUUCCGGUUCGCGUUUCCGGCCCUCCGAUCACAAUGGCCUUGCCUGGAGGUCCGGUGAUGGCCCCCAUGCGGCCCACGAUGAUCCCAGGCCCCCCGACGCUGAUUGGAGGCCAUUUGAUGCGACCUCCGCCCAUCAGUAUGCCCCCAGGGAUGAUCGGAGUACCUCCCGGAAUGGUUUACGCAUCUCACAUGUUUCCAGCCGGACCUAUGCUGACACCUAUGAUGCAGCCGAGGUUCAGAUGAUCUCCGAUAUACCUCGUCUAUCACCCGCAAGUCUAAAUUUUUGUUUUUUUUUCCUUUUUACUUUUUUUUUUUUAAGUUGCAUGCUUGAAGUUUGCGAUUACGAUUAUAUUGACAUUGUUUUAUUUUCGACAGGUUUAAAAAAUGCCUGCCAAAACGGUAUGUAACACAAUUAUUUUUUUCAUUGAAGUGCCACUUGAAAGGUUAGUGUAUUUGAGGUUUAGAGCACGUUUGGUCUUCGAUGUGACGUCGGUUUAUGACGUCACAUGGGGGAUUGUAAAGUUUCCGCUGAAGCUUUAAGGCUUUAACACACACACUUUAUGGCAUCUAUCAGGUUUGUACGAAACACUCCAAAUUUUUUUAAUUUAUUUUAAUUUAUUAUUUCAAAGGUAAGCAGGUUUUUUUAAUUCGUUGUACAUAAACAUAAUGUAAAUUUCUGUUAAGCGUUUAAAAUUUUAUCGAAUUAAAUUAGCUUGGCUACUGUUACGAUCAAGGUAGGUUCACUAGCCAUCACGCUAACUUUUAACUAGGUAGAUGCAUCUAAAAUAACUUGAAAAUUAUGUUAGUGUUUUCUCGAGACGUCGUUGUAUAAUUUAUGUCAAGGUACGGAAAAAAAUUAAUUUUCCUCACUGGUGGUGUAUGGUGUAAAACGGAAUCACACGUUUAGUGACAAAACAAAAAAAAAACACAAACGUUUGAUUUUUCUCACACAGGGAACUUGUAGAGGCAGGCGAUUUUAAUGUCACAGCUAACGCUGUUGGAGUGUCCGACUCUCUAUUUUAUCACGUGACAUGAUUCACUUUUUGAAUCAUGGCACGGUCGAUAAAAUAGGUGAUCUUCGAUCACAGCGCCCUCUGUAAUUGUUUUUCUCAGCUGUUGGGUCGCGACAUUCCCCUGCCGACGUAUGUGGCUUGACAGGCGAUUGUUUCGGUUCGUUGCCGGGAUAAUCACAGGUCUAUACGACCUGUUGGAACAGAUGAACCAUACCAGGCUGUUGAUGUGCAAUUGUUUGUUUUUUUAUAUACAUAUAAGGGUGUGGUUCGAUGGACCCCUGUCUUUCACUGCUGUCAAUGUACUUUAUGUAGUAGUUUAAACUAUGAUUGUAUUGUAUAAUUUGUUUUUAUAAAUAAAAGUUUAUUUGGAAAGAG